AUGGGUCCCGAAAGAGGAUUAAGUUGCUUAAUUCUUGUGUUAUCGUUGGUACUAGUAUCAUGCAGUGCUGCUGCAGCUAAUACCUUCAAGCAACCGGCGUUGUUUCUUACGAUAAAAAGUUCAAACUUUGGUAUGGCGAAAAUAGAUCAUAUUAAGUGCGGCUAUCUCGUAGUGACAGAUAUUCUUAUUAGCCCGGAUGGUGUUCCACUUCCAUUCUGCAACGAUCAUUGUGUGUACAACAAGAGGGCAGGUUUGAAGAUUAUUGCAUCUUUUGGUGGUUCCGUGGUCCCAUCGGACCUAUUCGUCUUCUUAUCCUGUGAUGACAAACGGCGUGCAGCGUUUGUGGAUAACUUGAUUGAGUUUACAGUUUCACAUGGAUUUGAUGGGAUCGAUUUGUCCUGGCUAUAUCCUGCUCUUCAAGAACGGGAUCGCUACGUACGGCUACUGAAAGAUCUUCGUCAAGCAUGUGAUCGAUACGGUCUUUUACUGACGGUGACUGUUCCUAGUCGGCCGUCCGUGAUAGAGGUAAACUACCCGGUUGAAAAGAUAGACAAAUAUGCGGACUUUGUAAUACUGAGUACGACCGAGUUCCGCAAGUUGCGUAAAACAUCCUUCAUAGCCCCUUUAUACUCGAGCAGCCCGGGAUCGUCGAAUAGCAUUGAUUAUCACGUGGAUCGCUGGAAACUGGCUGGGCUGAGUUGUGGUAAGAUAGUUAUCGUGAUCCAAACGAUGACCCUAACUUACAAGUUAUACAUACAGAACGAGUAUCGCGUUGGAACACCGGCGCUCCAGUUGAAGAUCCGUCCGUAUUACAAAAUUUGUCGAAAAUUGUACAGUGGUUCUCUGGAGAUUUGGGACAGUAGUGCUAAGAGUCCGUAUGCGUUUCGCGACUUGUCUUGGUAUUCGUAUGAAAACGAAAAGUCCAUAAAAGAGAAAGUGGGAUUUGUGAUUCAGCAGAACCUUGCGGGAUUGGCCGUAUUCUAUUACGACGAAGACGAUCCGAUCAACAUUUGCGGUGAUGGACAGUAUCCGUUGACUACGAUCGUAAUGGCAGCGAUGCAGUCCGACUACCUGCCUCCGUCAGUAAUCACAGAUUCCCAGAUCUACCAUUUCGAUUCGGCCUUGAAUAGUUCCCCGUUUUCCCAAAUGCGACAGGAUAUCUACAAUUCUGCAGUGAACAAUAAGCAACCAUGUGAUGUUUAUGUAGAAGAAAGCAGUGAUGCAAUCGAACAGUUGGCACCGCCCCUCCAUCCCCCAAAAUCAUGUCUACACCAACUACCAAGUCUUAGAAUAUUCGCCACGGCACAUGGACCGACGACCACAACGACUACCACCACAACCACACCAAAACCGAUGGAGUUUCUUACGAUGGCUCCAGCAACGUAUCGACCACCAACUUUCUGUCAAGCUUGCAACCCUUGUGUUAAACUAGUAGCCACCAGUGGCUCCCACGAACCGAAAGUCCCCACAACUCCUCCUGCUCCUGUGAAUACACCAUCCUCUUGUCUUUCGGCACAACUGUACUCGGAGAUGAAUGUGUCAGCACCGGUGUCGGUGCAAUUUCAGGCCAAUUCCGUGGGUGCACAGCCUAUACCGUCGUUUGGAGUCUUCGAAACGAAAGUUUGCCCUUGUGAUGGGAUAUUGCAGGAUCCGCACGAUAAACGCUCAUACUAUCUCUGCAAACGAGGAUUACCAAUGUGCGAAGAAAACAAAUUCACCUGUGCUCACGGUUAUAUUUUCGAUGAGCGAUGUAAAAAAUGUGUCGUUGAAGGAUCGUAG